CAGCCCUGGGGCUGCGUCGCGGAGGGACGGAAGGCUUGCCUAGGCAGUUUUCCAUUUAGAAGCGCCGCCGAAGCCUCCCUCCCACCGCUCCGGCGGUCGGGAGAAGAAGAGGAGGAGGAGGAGGAGGCGGCUGCCCCGCCAUGGCAUGCUGGUCGCGGAGCGCCCUGCUGUGGCUGCUGGCGAGCGCCUGUGGCCUGGUUUUGCUUGGCUAUUGCGUCUACUUUGACCGAAAGCGGCGGAACGCCACAGACUUCAAACAGAGGCUGAGAGAAAGUAAGCCGCGCGGGCGAGAGAGCGGCCGCCCCUGCGGUCUUUUCCCCGGCUUAGGAAGAAGGCAAAGAAGAAAAGAACAGAAAAAAGCAAAAGAAUACAAAGCAGAGUUACGCAAGCUAAAAGAAUCUGAACAAAUACAAGAGUUCUUUCUUCAGGAGAUACAGCUAGGAGAACUUUGGUUGACAAAAGGAGAGCAGAAGAAGAGUGUUGAGCACCUCAUCAAUGCUAUUUCUGUGUGCGCACAGCCAAAUCAGCUAAUGCAAGUCUUGGAGCAAACUCUACCUCCGCGAGUAUUUGAAAUGCUUGUGCACAGUAUCCCGCAUACUAUUCAAGUAGGUAAAUUUGAAACUUUUAAAACAUUAAUGAAUGCAGUAGAAUCAUUUUCAAAACUUCUGCUGUUGAAAAGUAGAACAGCAUUUUAUAUUCAUGGCUCAUAAAAGGCCCUAACAUAACCUGAAAAAUUUAGAAUUCAUUAAUUCCAAAAUCAAACACACAACUACUGGUAGCAGAUAAGCUUUUCAAAAAAGAAAAAUCAACAGGAAGCUAUUUCUAUGCAACAGUGUAAAGUCUUGUGUUUUUUUCCUGGAAAAAGAAAAUUCUUCAGGCUUCCUAUUUUUUGUAGAGUAGCAAGAUUUCAAUGCUGCUUCAUUUUUCUGGGCAAAAUAUGAAUUAAACUUUUAUAAUGCUUUUAAAAGAUAGCAAUAAAUUUAAUUUCACUUAAAUUAAUACUCCCCUCUCAAAAUCAUCAGGCUCACACAAGAAGCUAGGCUAAACAAAAAUGUACAUGUGAUUUAGAGUGAAGACUGAGCUACUAUUUUAUGCUGUAUGAACCAGUGCAUCCCAUUAAAUGACAUAUCAAUUUAUUUAUUUAGGUAUAGUAUGUGAAUGCAAGAAUCACAUUUGGUAACCAUGCUAUAUAAACUAAACCAUAUUGUUUCCAAUGGUCCAUAAUUGUUAAUUUAUUUUAUUCUUGAACUUGAUAUGCCUCUAAAUCAGGGGUAGUCAACCUU